AUGGCAGCCACAGCGAAACGCCCAGAGAUCAUCGAGCUGGCACGUGGGUUAAACGGUGUCCCCAUGUGCGAAGAAUAUGAAUGCAUGAUCUCAGGAAUGAUGUACAACCCCAACAUACCUAAGCUCUUAGAAGCUCGCCACCGCUGCCGUGGCUUAACAGAUGACUACAACAAUCUGGACACCAAGACAGUGCCCUACGACCAGAUCGCAGACAAGCGUAUGGAACGAUUACGGGCACUCGUCGGCCGAGUAGGAGAUGGGACCUUCAUCGAACCCCCUUUUAGACCCGACUAUGGGUCUAACCUUAUCAUCGGAAGCGAUUGCUUCGUCAACUGGGGUUUAACAGUCCUCGACACCAGUCUAGUCGUAAUCGGGGACCGGGUACAGAUCGGCACGAAUGUGAGCAUUAUCACCGCUGGCCACGACACCAGUGUGCUUUCCCGGCGAAAAUUUGUCGAAUUCGGCCAUCCCAUCUUCAUUGAGGAUGAUUGCUGGAUUGGAGCCAAUGUUGUGAUUUUGCCUGGUGUGCGCAUUGGGAAGGGAUCCACGAUUGGUGCUGGGUCGAUUGUGACGAAGGAUAUUCCGCCUUAUUCGGUGGGUGCUGGCAUUCCUUGUCGCGUGAAGAAGACCAUUCAGUCGGUCGAGGAGGAGGAGAAUGAUCCCAGUAACCCUUGGCGGAACUUGGUAAGGGAGGAUAGAGAGUGA